CAAGUCACUGAAACUCUCAAAUCCUGAACAAAACGCGAGCACGCGGUUCAACUUUGAAGUUACCCAACAUCAACUUUCUAAUCCACUAGAAACGUUCUAAUAACUUGUGGCAACAUCAGUGUGGAACAGUAUUGUUCAUCAUGUGGCCUUCAUCUCGAGUUAUGUUCAAGUCAUUGGUGCCUUCCAUGGGUUCCCAAUGGUCCCGAUGGCUGGCCAACCGUGCCCCCGGCAGCAGCGGUUCCAAAUUGAGCACCUCUUUCAAUCAACAACUGAAUGAGCAAAUCAACCGGGAAUUCUCGGCUGCUUAUAUCUAUUUCGGCCUUUUCUCCCACUUUCAUCGGCCAGAGAUUGCUCUCAAAGGCAUGGCAUCCUGUUUCUUCAAUGACUACAAAGAAGAACUGAGCCAUGCCCAACAAUUCAUGGAAUAUCAAGCCCAACGAGGUGGGUCAUUGGAACUUUUGCCCAUUCAGAAGCCCACCAUCGGCAAAAUUGAAUUACCCAUCACGGCCAUGGAACGAGCAUUGGAGCAAGAAAAUGAUCUGUACACCCAUCUUCGAGAAAUGAACCGUUUGGCUGAAGAGGAGGGCGAUGCCCAUCUGUCCGAUUUUCUCGUCGACUUUUUGAAACAUCAGUUAGAAGACAUCAGUCACAAGACCGAAAUGGCUACUGUGCUUCGACGCGUUGGUGACGGCGUGGGUCUUCACAUGUAUGACCAGGAGAUCCUUAAAAGUUUGGGAUCCAAGUCCAUCCUCAGUGAAAGCAGCAAUGCCUCCGAGCAAGGGCUACCCUAAAUGCACUCUAAAAUGUGUUCAUUGUUUACUAUCACAACGAGUGAACUGUUGGCUUCAAAAGUUCCAUUAGAUGGAUCCCUCGAUGUGAGAUAGAGGAAAUUUGUCGCAUUAUUUUUGUACUAUGUACCCCCUCACUUCACCGUGUGUAGGCACGCUCAAGGCCGGAAACCUUUUGAGUUUCCCCCAGGAGUGCUGAAUAAAUUUUAACCUCUA